AUGAUCCCCGAAGCAAUUAUUCAGAAUGUUGUAUCUACAGCACAACUACUUGAUAAAAAUGGUAAACUUGAUCUUUAUAAUCUUGCAGCAAGUAUUAACAAUUCUAAAUAUUCUCCUGAACGAUUCUCUGCACUUAUAAUUAGAAUUCAACAACCAAUUAGAUCGACGGCUUUAGUAUUUUCUAACGGAAGAAUUGUAUGUGUUGGAACAAAAUCGGUGAAGGACUCGGAAAUUGCGAUUGGACAUUUUGUUGACAUCAUAUUAUCUGCAAGUUCCUUACCAAUAAGGAUGCGAGGAUUUAAAAUACAAAAUGUUGUAUCCUCAUUUGCUUUUCCUGGGCAUAUUAAUUUACCGGGUAACUUUUUCCUAUCAUAACGAAAUAUUGUUUAAGCCUUAUACG